CCAACUUUGUUUGUAGAACAUGUAUUUUUGAAGAAAAAAUUCGACAACAAAAAACUUAUUUGUGCUCACAGGUCAUAGAAAAAGAAAUGAAUUUUAAAUUACAAACGAUCUGACAUUUUUUGUUAUAAAAAUGGACCUUAAUAAGGAAUCGAGCUUAACCAAUACAAUAUCUGAAAGGGAAGUAUUCGAUGGCAUCUUGGCAAACUUAAAAGGUCUGGAUGAAUCUGAUGCACUUAAAAUGUAUCCAGUUAAAGAAAAAUACCCUUCAUUUGAAAGGAAUUACACAUAUGAAGAAAUAAAAGAUCCUAUUCUGAGGUCUGUUAUAAAUGAUCAUAAUUAUAUAUCUAGUGAGGAUAGGUAUUCACGAGAUGUCCGCCAAAAUCUCAUCGAUUUCGUUCAGUUAACCAAUUUGAAUGCAGCUUCAAAUUUUUCUACCAUCUCCGAAUCCCAAGUAGAAAUAUUGAUUGAUAGUGUUUUAACUUUGUUGAGUAAAGUAACUGAUUAUGAUUUGAUUAGUGAUAAACUAAAAGAUGUGUUUAACUUGUAUGUGAAAGAAUCUUCCAAAAUUGAGAGCUUGGAAGAACAAUAUUUACACAAAACUAAAGAUUCAACUGAUCAAAUAUUAGAUGAUGUUCUUGACUCCGACUUAAAGGACGAGUUGAGUACUUUUAUAAAAAUGGAAAGGGAAGAUGCUCAUAUUGUGUUACCAUCAGUUCUUGGACAGUUCGACAGUGUUGAUGAAAAGAACUCCUUAGAUGAUGAAAUGUCCGAACUGAACAAACAGAUAGAGAUGAUUUUAGGAAAAGGAGAGGAUGAUAUAAACGAUAACAAGCAAAUAGAACAAGAUAUAAAAGCUAGCGUACAAUCCAAUGAUCUUAUUAUUACCAAAGUUGAAUAUACUUACGAUCCUAACUUCAAAAAUACAAAAGAAAAGGAAAAACAAUUGAUUUUAGCAGAAGACAAUGACGUCUCAUGUAAAGAGUCAGAAUCAAAAACAGAAAUAAAAGUUGAAAAAUAUGUCCCUGGAAAACAGAGCACGGUCUGCCCAGUUCUAACAGAAGAUUUAAAAACAAUGAACCCUAAUGACGGUAGAUCCUUUGAUUAUGCGCUACCAAUAAACAGUCAGUCUUUUACUGACGACUUACCAGUAGACACAUGUUCUUUUGUAAAUAAUUUAACAAUUGAUAGCAGUUCAUUGCCUAAAAACACAAAUGACGAAUUUGUUGAAAGCGAUAUCUUGAAAGCCACACAUGCACAUACUGUUUUACCUUCAGUCAAAGAACUUCUUAAGUUUGCCGAACAAUUGAGAGAAGAUUGUUUGAAUUUUACUGAAAAGGAUGAUUUUAGUAUGGAAAAUUUUUUUUCAUUGAAGCUUGGAGAACAUAAAAGAAUUAUAUCUUCUGUUUUGUUUAAGGAUUCAUCUAUUCAAACUGAACAAAUUAUUUCAAAGAAAAAUCUACGUAAAAUGAAUGCCUCAGAUAAACGACAUUUAUUGGAAUCGUCAAACGAUUCUGAUUCAUCUAAUUUAUCCUAUAUGGAUAAAACCCUUAUUGAGCUAGAAGCUGAAUAUAAAAAAUCAGAAGAGCAAUAUUUCUUUGAUAGUCCAAAAUCUAGCAACAAAUCUUCGAUAUUGAAAAAACCUUCAAAGAAAACGAAAUAUUUUAAUUCGGAUUCAGAUGACACUGAUGAAAUAUCUCCAUUCAAUGGAAGUUUGGAAAGUCUUUCAAGACAUGAAAGUGAUGAUUUCGAACAAAUCACAGACGAUAAUAUAAAAAAAGGAACAAUACCUAAGAGGUCUCUAAUUCGAAGGCAAUGCUCGUCAUCAUCAUCAUCAUUAACAUCAGACAAAUCAACAGUAAAAACUGAUAGAAAAAAUAUGGAAAAUGUUACAAAUGAAAGUGAUAAGGAAAAUAGAGAUUCUGUAGUAUCUUCAGAGUCGUUUGAAUCAAAGAAAUCAAAACAAGAUGAAAGUAUUGAAGAAGAUGCACAGGAAAAGGAAAUCGAAAGAUUAUUAAAUUUAAAAGCUUUAGUUGAACCACAGAAAAAUACAUCUUUAACAAACCAUACAAAACAGAAAAUAUCAAGCAAGUUGUCGUCAUCAAAAAAUGAUAGCUUAUUUGACGUUAUGCAGGAGAUCGAUAAAAAUUCAUUUAGCGAUGAUAGCAUUGGCGAAGAUAGUGAACAGAUUUUAACUGAGAAACAAUUUUUAGUAAAAUGUAAUGAAAGUCUAAAAAAACAGUUGCUGGAUAGUAGUGAUUCGGAAAUGUCAACUAAUAAUGAAGACAUGGAACUUAUUAAUAAAAUUACUGGAAAUUCAAGUGACGAAGACAAUCAACGUGUAUCAUAUGUUGAUAAGUUUCUAGAGACUCUUGUUGAUGACGAAGGCAUAAGUCCAAUACAUAAUGAUAAUCUGCCUAAAGAAGAAUUUCCUCCUGUAAUGGAUAAUAGAAAAUCAUCUACCGAUGAACCCAAUAAAGUUGAAGAAUCUUUGACCGACGAUACAAUAGACAACUCUAUUACUUCAUUCCGAGAUGCAUUUGAUAAAAGACAAAAGGAAAACAAAGAAAAAUGCUUUGAGACCAUUUUAGCAAAGGAUACACGACAAAGAGCAUUGAAAAUGCAAGAAGAUCUUAUUGAGUUGAGCCCUGAGAGCAGUAAUUCAGAUAUUGAAGAAAUUUCUACUGAGACCAAGGAAAAAAAUCUACGUAUAAAACCAAUGCUGCGUCAUGACCAAUUAGAAAGCGAGACUUUAAAUGCUCAAAAAAGAGAAGCGGAUCGUUUACGUCGAUUGGAAAAGAGAAAUAGCUUUUUGACAAAAAUGCUGAAGACUCAAAGCGAAAACAUAAACGAAAAUGAUCUUGUUUUGGAUUACGCUUCAACGCCUAAAAAAUUUAUCAAAGUUCAUUCUGAUAUAGUCAAACAUUUGAAACCACAUCAAAGAGAUGGUGUAAAAUUUAUGUAUGACUCUUGUUAUGGAUGUGUGGAUACUCUUAAGGAAAAUUCUGGUUCUGGUUGCAUUUUAGCUCAUUGUAUGGGUCUGGGAAAAACACUUCAAGUUAUUGCUCUUUUGCAUACGGUGACAUCUUAUAAGGAACUCAAGACCUCGAAGAUCCUAGUUUUAUGUCCUAAAAGUACUAUCAUGAACUGGGCUGACGAAAUAAAACGAUGGCUUGGUCCACUUGACGUAAAAAACAUACAAAUAUUCAAUUUUAGCGAUUCUGCAGAUAUCUAUGACAAAAUUAAUGUUCUCCGAAAAUGGGCUGCUACAUCUCAAAAAUCAGGAUGCUUAAUUAUGGGUUACGAAGCAUUUCGAUCUCUUGUGUUUUAUAAUACAAGUAAAACUAAAGCGAGAUCCAAUAUGAGAGUAGAAGAUAUUCGAGAAAAUAUACAUAAAUACCUCCUAAAGCCAGGUGCUGAUUUGGUGGUAUGUGAUGAAGGCCAUAUAAUCAAGAAUCGAAAAUCAGGUAUAAGUCUAGCAGCUGCUGAAAUUAUAACACCAAAAAGGAUUAUACUAACCGGAACACCCAUUCAAAACAAUCUCAAAGAAUAUUAUGCCAUGGUCAAUUUUAUUAAACCUUUGAUACUGGGAACAGAAAAAGAAUUCGCUAACUUAUAUGCAAAUCCAAUAAAAAAUGGCCAGCAUAAAGAUUCCAGCAAACGGGACAUCAAAGUCAUGAAGCAAAGAUCAUUUGUAUUGCAUAAGAAAUUGUCAAAAUUCGUGCAAAGAAAAGAAGCUGAGCUCCUGCAGUCAUUUUUACCACAAAAAUUUGAAUACGUGUUAUUUAUUCCAAUGACCGAUGUACAAAACUCCCUCUACGAGUAUGUUUUAGACGCAAUAUCAAAGCGAGAAGACUCAAGGGGAAAAAGUUUAAUUCCUGAUUACACUUGCCUAAGAAAGAUUUGGACUCAUCCCAAAGUAUUAGAAGAUGCGUGGAAAAAUGCCAUGGUGACAAAAAAUAAAAAGGAGUUCAAGAGACUAAUAUCAAAUCAAAUUGGUCACUCUGAUGAUGAUCAACCCGAUGAUAUUUAUGACAGCCAAACUGGUGUUAUAUCCGUUCAACGUGACUGGUGGCGGGAACUUGUAACCGAAUCUGAUCUUGAGUUAAUUCUUCCUAGUAAUAAGUUGAAAACUAUGUUUGAAAUUAUUCGAAUGGCAGAAGAAAACGGUGAAAAAUGCUUAAUUUUUACAGCGUUUGUAGCAGUUCUAAAUGUGGUAGAGUACUUUUUCCAUAAAAUAAAUGACAAGCAAAGAGAUUUUUUCAUGUAUGAUACUCGAAAACCUACAGGUCACUGGAUAAAUGGUCAAGACUACUAUAGAUUAGACGGCAAAACAAAUAAAACUCUGAGACAUGAAAUGGUUAAACGAUUUAAUGAUCCUAAAAACAAACGCACGAGGGUAUUUUUGAUAUCGGCCAAGGCAGGAGGACAAGGUAUCAACUUAAUAGGUGCUAAUCGAGUCAUAAUUCUUGAUACAUCAUGGAAUCCCGCAAACGACCAGCAAAAUAUAUUUCGAAUAUUUCGUUUGGGACAAAAGAAAAAUUGUUAUGUAUAUAGACUGAUCGCUAUGGGAACUAUGGAAGAGAAAGUUUAUUCUCGGUCUGUAACUAAACAAGCUAUGAGUUUCCGCGUCGUGGAUGAGCAACAAAUUGACAGGCAUUAUAAUAUGGCUGAACUUGCUGAGCUUUACACAUUAACAAAACCGGAUUAUAGUGAGAGACCUGUGCCUGUGUUUCCACAGGAUCAAAUAUUGGCAAAUUUGUUGCUGAAUUCUCCAGAAUUGGUUUAUAAAUACCAUGAGCAUGAUAGUCUGCUAGAGAAUAAAAUGGAACAAGAACUUAGUGAGCAAGAGAAAGCAGAUGCAUGGGUUGCCUACGAAAAAGAUCUUCAAAUGAACUCAGAACCUCGCGAUGUUAUGGAAGGCUUCCAAGGAUAUCCAAUGUAUGGACAAGGAAAUUACAUGUAUCCCACAAUGCACGAAUUUGAACCUAAAAAUUUUCUUGCGGCCAAUUAUGAUCCUAAUCAAAUGGAUAUGUCAAGCAGAAAUUCGCUAGCAUCAGCAAUGAUGCCAAAUUAUCUUACCAAUGCAAAUAUGAAUAGAAACUCAUAUCUUGAUAUUCUUAACAUGUACAAAAAUCUAUCAUCAUCACUGCUUGGUGAUAAAAGCAGUCGAGCUCCCCAUUAUAAUCCAACCUACGGCAUAUCCCUUGGCGCGGGUAUGAUGAACAACAGUGCAGUUUUACCCACCAAUGAUGAUCACCUAUCUGCGUUAGCAAAUCCUUACUAUUCAUUUGCAAGUCCUUCCUUAAAUCCCAAUGCAUUGCUUUCAAAUGCAAACUUGUCAAAUUCAAAUCCAAUUAGUACUGACAGAUAUGAGCAAAGUAAGAAUCUUUUAACACCAGAUCACAACUUUUCUUCUGCCAUGCGUAACAGUUUUCCCGCUCAAAUGCCUGCUCCGUAUGCAAAAGACUUAAUCGGCAGGUCAACACAAUCGAAAAAUCUUCUGCAAAGUCCGGUGGCUGGUCCUUCAUCGGCAUCAUCUGAUAUGCGUUCUACAUCUUCUACUCGCCAAAUAACUCAAAAUAUGUAUAAUACGAACCCUUCAAGAAAAGUCUCAACAACAAAACAAUCUCAAAUCAGUAGUUCAUCAUUGUUCAAUGCAACGAAAAAAAACAAACUUAACGAAUCAUUAAUAAGGCCCAUUAGUCCAAGGCAAACAAUUAUUAUAGAUGAUUCGCCAGCUAAACAAUCGACGGAGCAAUCAUUGCCUGUUAAUAUGGGAAUAGUUUAUCCAAAACAAAUGCCAUUACCAUUAUCACCUAUAUCGGAAAUGGUUGAUGGAGGGUCAUGUGUAAAAAAGUCAGGAAGCAGCAUGCAAAUAAUCCGAACUCACUCACCUACAACAGAUAGCGUUCGAAAAAAGUUCGAUAAUAUUUCACCAAAUAUUUCGUUAACAGCAGUUCGAACGUUUCCCCAGAAAACUUUACAGAGCGAAAAAACUUCAUCACUAUCAGAAACAACAUUAACUACAUUACCAGUGCUGGCAGUGACACCCAGUAAUUUGAGAAAACGAAGAAGUUCAUUUGGAAAUUCAUCAAAUCUAAUUGAACAACCAAAGAAGUUUCGAAGUACAACCAAUUUUGAAAAUUAAAUUUAAAAAUAGAAUAAAAAAAAACAACAAAUUAAAUAAAAUGAAAGUGUUGUGCAUUGUUAAAGCUGCAUGAACAAUUUAUGCUCUGGUUUAAUAAACAUGAAAUUAUUAUAAUAUUGAGGUGGCCUUGCAACAUAAUGGAGCACUUCGUGGUAAAAGCAUGAAAUGCUCAUCGUUGGUAGUACUCAAUAUAAGAGUUAAUUUUCAGACAUUGGCCCAUUUUGAAUUCCAAAAAGUUUUUCUGUGCUACAAUCUAUGAAACACCAUAUGAAACAUUUUAACUCAUAUGAUACAUGAUUUCAAAGUAUUUUUUAACGCCCGAUCAAUAAUACUAAAAUAGUCGAGUUAUUUUGGUUUGGAUUAUUUUAUAUCGGGCAAUAAAAAACCUUGAAGUCAUGUGUUAUAUUAUUAAAAAUGUUUCAUAACCUAAACUCUGAGAUGCAACAAAACGAGUGCUUCACAGAAAAGCUCUUUUAUCUUCGCUUCCGAAUGGAGUUCACCGUGGCCCAAUAUCUCAUAAUAACUCUUAAAUUAAGUACUAUAAAUGAUGAAUAUUGUAUGCUUUUACCACAUAGUACACGAUUCACUCCUUUUUCAUAGCUUAGUCUCCUCAUUAUAGGUUAGAUAAACUAAAAAUCUAUGUGUAAUCAUCAGCAUUAACUAAAUGAAGUUAAUUGAUUUUAAGUACCUUACAAUAGUUGAUUUAUUUUAAUUUAUUCUUACAAGUGGAACUACUAUAAAAAUAAGAUUUUAUUUAUGCAUAGUUUGAUCUCUUUUUAUUAAAAAUGAAUUUUAUUAUCUUUGCUAAAACUAUUUGAUUUGAAUAAAUUUUUUUUUUAUUUCAAAGAAUGCUAAAUAAAGAAAUUAUUCUGAUGA